AACGCCUUCUGUCGCUCGCCGCAAAUGUGUCAGUGUCGCCGCGGCUACGAUGCCAUCAAAUCGGCGCACAAUGGCACCCAUUACUGCGAGCCACGUUGCGCGUCUGGCUGUCCCUUUGGUGGCCGUUGUGUAGCGCCCGAUGUAUGCGAAUGUGCGCCCGGUAACCAAGCUCAUGCCACCAGUUGUGUACCCACCUGUGCCUCGGAUUGCUUAAAUGGUCGCUGUGUGGCGCUAAAUCAGUGCAGCUGUAAUUUUGGCUAUGCCAAGGAUUUGGCAAGCGGCGAGUGUGUGCCGCUGGCAGAUUGUAAGGCGUUGGAGUGUGAAGAUCUGGCAAGCAGCAGCAGCGAGGGCAUCGAAACGACAACUCAGGAAACUUUUGAAAGCACCGCGGCAUUUGAACUACAAUCAACCGAAUUGAAUUUGGAGACGCGCUCCGACGACGGCGAUGUUGAUGAAGGUAAUCUGCUUUUUCCCAGCAACGAGGAGGAGACGAAUUGUACACUUCAGCCUUGCAUCGAUAAUACUGUCUGCAAGCUGGUUGGUCGUUGCGCAUGCGCCGACGGCUUCAUACGCCAUCAGCCGGCGCCAGUGAAUGGUUUGGAAGUGGGGCCGAUUUGCGCGGCGAUUGUUGAACAGGGCGAGCCAUGGCAGGACGGAAGCGCUGGUAGUAGCUGGGUGGGUGCAUUCUUUAUUGUUGUGGGCGUGACAGUAAUGAUGGGCGCCUUGGUGGUGCUGCUGCUCAAGCUGUGGCGGCAUCAGCGCGGCUCACUGGACGUGGAAGGCAAAAGCGAUAUGUGCUGUAAAUAUGACAAAAACAGCUCCAGCUCGGAUAGCGGCCAUGUAGAUAUGAGUUAAGUGUUGAUUGUGUUUUCAUGAUUAAGUAGCGUUUGUAUGUUUAGACUGUAUUUUGAUAUACUUUAAGCUUUAACUAAUAAUGUCCCUGCCAUUGAUUCAUUUAUUGUAAAAAUUUAUAUUUACUUUUUAUGAAUAAAUUUAAUGCAAAUAAGAAUUUU